UUACAGACUUUGCCAUUCCCUUCACGACUGCUGGUUAUAGCCACCCCUGGGUAAAGGCGAGAAGAUCAGGGCUCUCUUCACCGUGGGCACUGCUCAGUGAUGCAUGUGAGACAUUCUUGAAUACCUCCCGCUGCGGCUCUUGCAGACAUGCUGAGAAGCUCCCGGCUGUGCGCGGCGCUGGGGCUCCUGCGCGCCCAGCCUCUCCCCUGUCCCCCCGCCUGCAAGUGUGUGUUCCGGGACGCCGCGCAGUGCACCGGGAGCAGCGUAGCGCGCAUCGCCGAGCUCGGCCUGCCCGUCAACCUCACGCACAUUCUGCUCUUCCAAAUGGGCCGCGGCACCUUACAGAAUCACAGCUUCAGUGGCAUGACCGUCCUGCAGCGCCUGAUGCUGUCGGACAGCCACAUUUCCGCCAUUGCCCCCGGCACCUUCGACGACCUGAUAAAACUUAAAACCCUGAGGCUGUCGCGCAACAAGAUCACUCAUCUUCCAGGUGCGCUGUUGGAUAAGACGGUGCUCCUGGAACAGUUGUUUCUGGACCGCAACGAACUAAAGGACAUUGACCAAAACAUGUUUCAGAAACUGGUUAACCUGCAGGAGCUCUUUUUGAACCAAAAUCAACUCGCUUUCCUUCCCGCUCGCCUCUUCACAAACCUGGGGAACUUGAAAGUGUUGGAUUUAUCGAGAAAUAAUUUGACCCAACUGUCCCGGGGAUUGUUUGGCGCACAGGCUAAGCUGGAGAAACUCGUGCUGCACUCGAACCAGCUCGUCUCUCUGGAUUCGGGGCUGUUGAGUAGCCUGCGUGCCCUGGUGGAGCUGCAGCUGGACAGAAACCGCAUCCGCUCCAUCGCACCGGGGGCCUUCGACCGGCUCCGGAGCCUGAGCUCCUUGACGCUUUCCAGAAACCGCCUGGAGUUCCUGCCCCCGGCCCUCUUCCUUUAUUUGCACAAUUUGGCUUUCCUGACCCUGUUCGAGAACCCGCUGGAGGAGCUCCCGGAGGUGCUCUUCGGGGAGCUGGCCGGCCUGCAGGAGCUGUGGCUGAACUGCACGCGGCUGCGCACCCUGCCGGCAGCCGCCUUCCGCAACCUGAGCCGCCUGCGGGCGUUCGGGGCGACCCUGAGCCCGCGUCUGAGCGCGCUCCCCGAGGACGCCUUCCGGGGCCUGGGCGAGCUCCAGGUACUCGCCCUGCACUCCAACAGUCUGGCCGCGCUCCCCGGCGGCUUGCUGCGCGGCCUCGGCGGGCUGCGCCGCGUGUCGCUGAGCCACAACCGGCUGCGGGCCCUGCCUCGCGCGCUCUUCCGCAACCUCGGCAGCCUGGAGGGAGUCCGGCUCGAGCACAACCUGCUGGAGACCCUGCCCGGAGACGUGUUCAAGGAUCUGCCCCGGCUGGCGGAGGUCCUGCUGGGGCACAAUCCCUGGCGCUGCGACUGCGACCUGGGGCCCUUCCUGGCGUGGCUGCGGCGGCACCCAGGCCUCGUGGGCCGAACCGAGCCCCCGCGGUGCCGCGGCCCCGGACCCCGCGCUGGCCUGCCGCUCUGGGCCCUGCCCGACGACGACCCCGAGUGCCGGGACGCCCGCGGCCCGCCUCCCCGCUCCGCCGCAGCCCCCGCGGCCCCGGGCCACACGGCCUCGGUGCCCGACAGCUCGGAACCCCGGGCCCCGGCGCAGCUCGUGGCCGACGGCAGUCGCCAAGACCACAGCCUGUUCUGGGGUCUUUACUUCCUGCUUUUGGCUGCUCAGGCCGUAAUAACGGGGGUCAUCGUGUUUGCUAUGAUUAAACUCGGCGGGCUCUUUCGAAAAUUAAUCAGAGAGCGAGCGAGCGAGCGAGCGAGCUUUUGUUUGAGUCAAUUGGACAACCUCGCCGCUAAUUAAAACGUGGCCAGAGUACUGUCAGAGGUGGCUCGGGGGAGAAUCCGGACGGGCUGCUGCUGUCUUCCUCUCCGCUCUCCCUCCCCUCCUCCCCUCCUCCUUUCCUUCUUCCCCCCUCUUUCCUCAGUCCCACCUCCCCGUCUCCCUCCU